UAACGUUUGCGGCGACUUCGCUGGCCUGCCGGAGAAAGGUCAUGUCGUGUUUCUCUUCCAACAUUCGCCGGAAUCUUACUUAUCCUCUAAGAACACUUCUUCCUCUACGACGCUUCUAUUCUCUAGCAAAUGUAGUCGAAAACGGAACAAGACUUGAUGCCGAUGAGAAACUCGAAAGUUCUAUCCACCCGACGGCCUUCGUUCAUCCUGAUGCAAUCAUUGGAAAGAGUGUUUCCAUUGGCCCAUUUUGCACGGUUGGAGCUUCUGUUAAGCUGGGAAAUGCUUGUUUUCUUCAUCCAGGAAGCCAUGUUUUUGGAGAAACUGAAUUGGGUGAUCGAUGUAUUCUAAUGCCUGGUGCAGUGGUUGGAGAUGAUCUUCCUGGACAUACAUCUAUUGGGAAUAAUAAUGUAAUUGGGCAUCAUGCUGUGAUUGGAGUUAAAUGUCAAGAUUUGAAGUAUAAGAGUGGAGAUGAAUGUUUUCUGGUAAUUGGUAACAACAAUGAGAUAAGAGAACACGCCUCUAUCCACCGAUCAUCAAAGCCAACUGAAAAAACUGUAAUUGGUGACAACAAUUUUAUUAUGGGAUCUUGUCAUAUUGCUCAUGACUGCAAAAUUGGCAACAAUAACAUAUUUGCAAAUAAUACUCUUCUAGCUGGCCAUGUGGUUGUCGAGGACUAUACUCACACUGCUGGAGCUACUGUUGUUCAUCAAUUUUGUAAUAUCGGUUCUUUCUCUUUUAUUGGCGGUGGAUCUGUUGUCUCGCAAGAUGUACCAAAGUAUGUAAUGGUAUCAGGAGAAAGAGCCAAGCUUCAUGGUUUAAAUUUGGAAGGUUUAAGAAGGAGAGGAUUUUCGGAUGCAGAGAUUAGAAGCCUGAGAACAGCUUACAGGAAGAUAUUCAUGAUGAGCGAUUCAAAAUCUGAGGGUGGCAUUGUCGAUCGUUUAGCUGGCGUGAAUGAAGAAUUUGGCAACAUGCCUGCAGUGCUUUCGUUGGUGCAAUCUAUCCGCGAUUCUUUCAGUGAAGAACGACGAGGUAUCUGCAAGUUUUAAUCUUGGGCGACGAGCCUAAAAAACACUUUAUGUAGUUGAAGCUGUGUUUGAAUGAGAAACCGUCAACACAUUUAUGAAUAUAUGUCUAGUUAAAUUAUAUUUCAAAACAUUCUUUGAUUGAGAUACUAUAACUAAAGAUAGUGUUUUUAAAGAAAUUUAUUUUUUUGGUUU